AUGAAACGUACUAUUAUGUUUAAAAAAUUUUUAGCUGUAUUUAAUACAAAUAUGAAAUAUCUCGAAUGUGAAGUUGAAUUUGUUAACGAUGUUGUUUAUAUGUUGCCAAUGUUGUUCACAGAAAUGGUGAACAUAAUUGAAAUUCAAAUGAAAGUAUUAAAAACGAAAUCAAUAUAUGAUAUCGGUGCAAAAUAUCGAUCCAUAACAAAAUUAUCAAGAGAAUUUCGAACAAAUGUUGAUCGUCUACUAAGACGACAAAUGAAGCAACGACAACAACAGUUUCAUGUCAAUUAUAUUGGAACCCACGUAUGUGUUUGGAUUGGAAAACAAGAUCAUAACCAUGAUCAUGAACAUGAAAUAGAUAUAACUGGUCAAACAAUGACUUCAAUUGAUGUAUAG